GACCCGUCAUGGUGCUGUGUCUCCAAAUAAAUAAUUGAAAAUUCAAUAGAUCAUUACCAUUUUAAGAAGGGCGCCCGUCCCGGCACCGCGGCGGGCAUUACCACUUUAAGGAGAGCUCCAGUCUCACUGUGGCAGUGUUUGUUUGCGGCCUCGGGAAGCGGGGGAGCCGCCGCCGCCGCCGCCAUGAAUCCGGAUCUACGCAGGGAGCGCGAGUCGGCGACCUUCCUCACCGAGAGCCUCACGCACCUCCUGGAUGGCGGGCCCGAGAAAACCCGGCGUCGUCGGGAGAUCGAAUCUCUUGCACUUAAGGAUCCUGAGCUCCAACAUGAAGACCCGAACUUCAUGACCUAUAGUGAGCGUUAUGAUGUAGCAGUGAAGAAGAGUUCUCUGAUGAUUAAAAAGAUCCGGGAAAAUGCCAUCUCAAACCCAGAGGAAAUCAUGUUCUUCAAGAGGUAUGUGCACCGUGGACGGCCUGAGCCUCUAGAUCUCCACCUAGGCAUGUUUCUGCCCACCAUUCUCAACCAGGCUACUCCUGAACAACAAGAUCGCUUCUUCAUGCCAGCUUGGAAUCUUCAAAUCAUUGGCACUUAUGCACAGACUGAGAUAGGCCAUGGCACGUUCAUCCGUGGUUUGGAGACGACGGCAACAUAUGAUCCUUCCACCCAAGAGUUUGUGCUGAACAGCCCAACUGUGACUUCAAUCAAAUGGUGGCCUGGAGGACUGGGAAAAACUUCAAACCAUGCCAUUGUCCUUGCUCAGCUUUACACCCAGGGCCAGUGUAAGGGGCUACAUGCUUUCAUUGUGCCCAUCCGCAAGAUGGGCACCCACGAACCCUUGCCUGGUGUGAUAGUGGGUGAUAUUGGACCAAAGUUUGGAUAUGAUCAGAUGGACAAUGGCUUCCUAAAGCUGGAGAACAUCAGAAUUCCUCGUGAAAACAUGCUGAUGAGAUAUGCAAAGGUGAUGCCAGAUGGGACUUACUUGAAGCCUCCAAGUGAUAAGCUAACGUACGGUACAAUGGUCUUCAUACGCUGCAUGAUAGUGGGGGAAUCAGCACGAGUAUUGUCUCAAGCAUGUACCAUUGCUAUCCGUUACAGUGCUGUUCGACACCAGUCAGAGCUGAAACCUGGUGCUCCAGAGCCACAGAUACUGGAUUAUCAGACUCAACAGUACAAGCUCUUUCCCCUAUUGGCGACCGCCUACGCCUUCCGCUUCGUGGGAAACUUCAUGAAGGACAUGUACCAACGCAUCACUGAGGACAUCAACGAUGGAGACUACAGUCAGUUGCCUGAGCUUCACUCCCUGUCUGCCGGACUGAAGGCCUUCACCUCCUGGGUGGCCACUGCAGGAAUUGAGGAAUGUCGCAUGGCUUGCGGGGGUCACGGGUACUCGCGCUCCAGUGGUCUUCCUGACAUCUAUGUCACGUUCACACCCUCCUGCACUUACGAAGGAGAGAACACGGUGAUGAUGCUGCAGACUGCUAGAUACCUGUUUAAAAGUUAUUCCCAGGCUAAGUCUGGACAGAGGCUGUCGGGCACUGUGUCGUACCUGAGUGACAUGCACAGCCACAUCCAGCCCCAGCAAGUGGCAAGCCGGCCCCCAGUGAUCGACAUCGAUGACGUCAGUAGGCUAGUGGAAACCUACAAACUGCGAGCAGCCAGUUUAGUUGAGGAAGCUGCACAUAAUUACCAUGUGGAGCUGGGACGCAGAAACAGCAAGGAGGAAGCCUGGAACGACACUGCCAUCGACCUGGUCAAAGCAUCAGAGGCUCAUUGUCACUACGUGGUGGUGAAGCUGUUUGCUGCCACACUGUCUGAGAUCACAGACGUCUCAAUCCAUGAUGUUCUCUGUACGCUUUUCCAGUUGUAUGCCGUGUAUGGAAUCAGCAAGAAUUCGGGAGACUUUUUACAUGCUGGAAUCUUUAACGACCAGGAGAUUUCCCAGGUGCAGCAACGUGUGAAGGAGCUGCUGGCUGCAAUCCGACCCAAUGCCGUGGCUCUCGUGGACGCCUUCGACUACCCUGACGCCAUUCUUUCAUCAGUGCUCGGCCGCUACGAUGGCAACGUUUAUGAGCACAUGUUCGAAUGGGCAAAACGUUCACCUCUGAACAAAACUGAGGUUCAUGAAUCAUUCUACAAAUAUCUGAAGCCUCUGCAGUCCAAACUCUGAGAGUCUGCUGAUAGUUCUUUGCACAAGAAGUUGGACACAGCCGUAGAUCAAACUCUGAAUCUUUAAUUUCAGUCUUUCCAGCUGCUGAGCCAUUAGAGUUGCAGUCCUUAUCAGCUACAGUCUCUGGAAUGAGUAAUUCAAGUCACCUCCCUCAUCCUGUGCUUUGGUACCAUUGUGAAUCAGACUUCCUGCCCACUUCACGUCCACUGCCUCACUGAUCAUAGUGUUGUAUGUGGAGUUUAAAGUAUGCCCGCAGUGAAACAGCAGAGUUUCAGUUCUCCUCCUCCUCCUCCUCCUCCUCAAAGGUUAAAAUUAACACUGGCAGGUACUGGGGACCACAAGGUGUGGAUCUGAUUUUCACCCUUUUUUUAAAAAAACUUUUUAAAUCUCUGCACUUCCUCUUGCAUGCUGGAUACUAACAUGACUACUUGCCCUAGCCUGCUGCAUGUCAACAUUAGUGCUACAUUAGGGGAAUAAAGGUUAAAAUCAAGAAAGGAAAGCUUGCAGAGUCUGAAGAUAGAAGAUUGGCAUGUGAUCUAAAGGAGCAAAUCCCCGCCUCCCCACAAGAACAAAGUAUUUUCUUGUCUGUGAGCCUUCACUCUAAUCAUGUCUUUUUGUUGGCAGAAUAAUUGUACAGUUUUUUUCAAUUGUCCUUAAGUUUAAAAGAUCCCAUUUUUGCCAUGUGCUGCUGCUGACAAUAGUUGAAUUCAGCUUCUCGUACUUCCAGUAGGAAACAACUGCAAAGUCAUUAAACACAGUCGAUGCAGCAGAUGCUGGAAAUCCAGAGCAACACACACACACAAAAUGUUGGAGAAACUCAGCAGGUCAGGCAGCAUCUACAGAAAUUAAUAAACAGUUGACGUUUUGAGCCAAAACCCUCUUUCAAGACUCAAAAGAAAGAGGGAGGACGCCAGAAUAAAAAAAAUGGGAGGGAGGGAAAGGAGAACUACCUGGAAGGUGAUAGGUGCAAACUGCUAGGUUCUUAACCCUGAAAUUGUGAUGUUUUUAACUCAGCCAUAGAUUUGCUGUUUUAAAAAAAAACUGAGUAACUUGACACCAUAAGACACAGGAGCAAAGUUAGGCCAUGCUGCCCAUCGAGUCCCUCACAAUCCCAUUCUCCUGAUUCUCCUCAUAACCAAUGACGACCUGACUAAUCAUGAAUCAAUCAAACUCUGCUUUAAAUAUACCCAUUGACCUGGCCUCCAGAGCAGUCUAUGGCAAUGAGCUCCACAGAUUAACUACCUUCUGGCUAAAAUUUUUCCUUUAUCUCUGUUCUAAGUGGACAUCUCCCUAUGCUCUCUGGUGCUAGAGUCACCCACGAAAGGACACAUUCUCCACAUCUACUUUCUCUAGGUCUUUCAAUAUUCAGUAGGUUUCAGUGAGAUUUCCCCCGUCAUUCUUCUAAACUGCAGCAAGUACAGGCCCAGAGCCAUGAAACGUUCUUCAUACUUUAACCUUUUCAUUCCCGGGAUCAUUCUCUGGAUCCUCUCCAAUCCCAGCGCAUCUUUUAGAUAAGAGGCCCAAAACUGCUCACAAUACUCUAGGUGAGGUCUGACCAAUGCCUUAUGAAGUCUCAGUAUUACAUCUUUGCUUUUGUAUUCUAGGUCUCGAAAAUGAAUGUUAACACUGCGUAUGCCUUCCUUACCACCAACAACCUGUAAGUUAUCCUUAAGGGAAUCCUGCACAAAAACUCCCAGGUUUAUUUGCAUCUCUGAUUUUUGAGUUACCUUCAUUUAGAAAAUAGUCUGCACUUUUAUUCCUUCUACCAAAGUGCAUAACCAUAUACUUCCCUAAACCGUAUUCCAUCUGCCACUUCUUUGCCAGUCUCCUAAUCUGCCUUAGUCCUUCUGCAGACUCCUUGUUUCCUCAACACAGCCUGUCCCUCCAACCUAUCUUCGUAUCAUCUGCAAACUUGGUCACAAAGCUAUAAAUUCCAACAUUAAAUCAUUGGCAUAUAACUGUGUACUGGGAUUUUCAGAAGAACUUUGACAAGUGCUAUAUCUGAGGCUGGUUAACAAGUGUGCAUAUCACAGGAUAGAUUCUAGCAUGGAUAGAAGAUUGACUGGAGGCAAAGAGUGGGAAUAAAAGAAGCCUUUCUGGUUAGCUGCUGGUAACUAGUGGUUCACAGGGAUCGGUGGUGAGACCGCUUCUUUUCACAUUACACAUCCAUUGACUCUCCUUUGACUAUCCUGCUUGUUAUUUCCUCAAUGAUUUCCAACAGAUUUGUCAGACAAGAUUUUCCCUCAAACCAGACUGACUUUGGCCUAUUUUACUGUGUGCCUCCAAGUAUCCCGAACUACAUCCUUAGUAAUGGACUCCAACAUCUUUCCAACCACUAAAGUCAAGCUAACUGGCCUAUAAUUUCUUUUCUUCUGCUUCCAUCCUUUCAAGAGUGGACAUUUGCAGUUUUCCAGUCCUCUAGAUCUAUUCCAGUAUCUGGUACCUCCACAAUCUCUUCAGCUACCUUUUUCAGAACCCUGAGGUCUAGUCCAUCUGGCCCAAGUGCCUUACCUACCUCAGACCUUUCAGUUUCCCAAGCACCUUCUCCUUAGUAAUAAGAGCUACACUCGCUUCUACCCCUGACACACUCUAAUUUCCUUCACAGUGAAAACUGAUGCAAAAUACUUAAGUUUGUCCACCAUUUCAUUGUCCCUUAUUACUACCUCUCCAGCUUCAUUUACCAGCAGUCCGAUAUCCAGUAUGUACUCUUUAUGUAUAUCUGAAAAAACUUUUAUGUUCAAUAUUGUAGUAUUGGCUAGCUUACUUGCACAUUUCAUUGUUUUGCUCUUUAUGGCUUUUUAGUUGCAUUCUAUUGGUUUUUAGAAGCUUCCCAAUUCUCUUCUCGCUACUUCUUGCUAUAUUAUAUGCCUUCUCUUUGCUUUUAUGUUGUCUUUGAUUUCACUUAUCAGCCAAGGUUGUGCCUUUCUCCCUUUAGAAUACUUUAUCUUUGGGAUGUAGCUAUCCUGUGCCUUCUGAGUUGCUCCUAGAAACUCCAGCCAUUGCUUUUCUGUUGUUAUCCUUGCUAGUGUUCCCUUCCAAUUAACUUUGACCAUCUCCUCUCUCAUGUCUCUUUGAUUCCCUUAAAUCUACUGUAAUACUGAUACAUCUGACUUUAACUUCUCCCUCUUAAACCUCUAAAGGUUCUUUUACUUUGAGUUCCAUAAUGAAAUCUGGUUCAUUACAUAACACCCAAUUGAGAAUGGCCUAGUGGGCUCAAUUAAAAGUUACCCCAAAAAGCCAUCUUGAAGGCAUUCUACAAAUUCCCUCUCUUGGGAAUCCAGCACCAACCUGAUUUAACCAAACUACCUGCAUUAGGAAUAUCAUAACAUUGCCCUUUUUACUUGCCAUUUCUAUCUCUUGUAAUUUGCAUCCCACAUCUAGGCUACUGUUCAAAGGGCUGUAUAUAACUCCCAUCAAGGUUGUUGUGCCUUUGCAGUUUCUAAACUCUACCCACAAGGAUCUACAUCUUAUGAUCCUUUGUCACUUCUUUCUAAAGAAUUGAUUUUCUUUUUUUUUUGCCAACAGAUCCACCCCAUUCCCUCAGCCUGCAGGCCCAUUCUUACAAUACAAUAUGUAUCCUUCGAUGUUAAGAACCCAGCUAUGAUCUUUUAGCCAUGUCUCAAUGAUGCCCACAAUGUCAUACCUGCCAAUCUCUAACUGUGCUACAAGAUCAUAAAACUCAUUCUGUAUACUGCGUGCAUUCAAAUGUAACACCUUCAGUCCUGUAUUUAUUCCGCUUUUUGCUUUUUCCCCCAUGUUACACUUCAACUCAUCCCACUGACUGCAACUUUGCCUUAUCAUCUGCCUGUCCUUCCUCAGUCUUAUACACAAAGCAUUGACUUGUAUAUCAACUGCCCCAUCCUAAGGCCUAGGGGCUUUGGUUCCCAUCCCCUUGCUAAGUGAAAUUAAACCCUCUCCCAACUGCUUUAGCAAACCUGUCCGCAAAGAUAUUGGUCCCCCUUGGGUUCAGGUGUAACCACCUCCUUUGUGUACAGGUUAUAGUUUCCCCAGAAGAGAUCCCAAUGAUUCAUAAGUCUGAAACCCUGUCCCCUCCACCAAUUCCGUAGCCAUGCAUUCAUCUGCCAAAUCAUCUUAUUCUUACCCUCACUGGUGCGUGGCCCAGGGUGCAGUGGUAACUAGAUUCCAUUGUUUCUUCUGCUAUUGAGUUUGGAAUCCCUCCGUGGUAUGCCCUGCUUCCAAAAACAACGUGCGUGUCUGCUUACUGUGUAUGUUAAGAAUGGGUUUCAUUAUAGAAACUGCCCUAAGUUCUGUCUCCUUCCAAACGCAUCCUUGCAGCCGAGUAGACUUUGACAAUUUCAGAUACUCUGAGUGUUUUUGGAAUCAGUUUCAUGGUGCUUUCCAGUCUGAAUAGCAACAUGGAGGAAAUGGGUAAAUUUUAAACCAUCCUGUCAUAUGUCCGCUGUCAAAUCCAACAUUGUAACUGAGUGUGAUUCAACAUAUGCUGCUGCAAAUGGGGAUGACAAUUGGGGGAGAAGGAACAGCUGAUGCCAGUCUGCAUAGUUCACAGAUAUCAGUCACAUACAUUGAUUGUAUAUUACAUACAUUGUAUUAGCUAUUUCAUUAAUAUUUAGAUUUAUUGACUAAUUGACUUACCAGGAUGUUGCACAGAGAUUCCAUUUGAAGCCUGUUGGAUUUCACAGUGACUACUUUCUCUUGCAUUCCUGCUGACAGUGAUUAGAAACACUAACUUUUUUGAAAGAGAAUCUGGCAGUAGAUCUGCAUAUAGAGCAGGGGUUCCCAACCUUCUUUUAUGCUUUGGACCUCACCAUUAACUAAGGAGUCCGUAGAACCCAGAUUGGAAACCCCUGAUAUAGAGUAAGAAAAAUGAAUAGUAUUAAAAUACUGCAGCUUUAGGCGUAUGUAAAAUUGUGUUAAAUAUGUUGAUCCAGUAUUUUUUGGGGUGAGGAAUCAAUACAGGUUUUGUUUGACCUGGGCCUUUGUUCUGGUAUUAUCUAUCAAGUAAGUUCAAAUAUCGCUGUGAUGAUUGUACGUUCUAGUAUCAAUUGUUUGGCGACAAUAAAAUAUAAAGUUGAUAUCAAUAUACAAUCCAGCCCACAGAAUCUCAUUCCCUCAUACCACAAUGAUUCUGGCUACUGUUUUAUUUUCAGCUUUACCUUGUUUUCUCUUUUCUUCCAUCCUCUUUGCCACACAUUCCUUUCUUGCCACUCUCAUUUAUUAUACUUUAAGGACUGCUGUACAAUUUGGAAUGAAAACAGAUGCUCUUGCUUAUCUGAGAGGGAUAAUCAUUGUUAGCAGAUGAAUUACUCUCCAGUCUAUUCACAUCUAAUUCCUGGGGUGGUAGCCAAGAUGAAAUUGAGUAUCUAGUUACUUCCAAAGUUUGAAGCACAAGGCUUUUUUGUACCCAGAAGCCUUGUGCGUCAGAUGGCUGUACUUGCUCAGCAUGGGACUUUUACAUCAAAUUCGAUUUCGGUUUGUGUUUUAUAGCUCUCAAUUUCAAUUUAUUAAAAUUUUUAAAUAAAUGAUGCUUUUAGAAUUAACCAGAAUUUCUGCCAUUAGAGAUUGGACUGAAAAUCCUAGCACUCUUAUUUUGCUCCAGUUACGAUGUCUCUCCCAGUCUUAGCUGCCCCACUUUGGACUACUCUGAUCCCUGAAGCUGGGCGUGCACUUUUUGUAACCUCUGGGAAGUGAAGGGGAGUCUAGAACUUCAGGCAACCUCGUAACCUUAUUAAUUCCAAGCUUUAUCACAAAACUGAGAAGGGAACUUUGUAUACAAUGUUCACACCAAUGAGUAGACUUGCUGUUCAGCAAGCAGGGUCAGCUGUCUUCACAGAUACCAAUAUUUGAAAUCCUUCUGCCACUUGUCCUUAAAUUAUGAUGAUCCUAAGGAUGAUCCUGCAGAAUUAAUUAUGAAUUUCUUUGAUCUUUUGAAGGGACUGAUGUGGUCUGUUGAUCCUAUGCUGAAUUUGUUAAUAUAAUCAGUGCUGCAUUUUAAAUACAACUUAAUAUAUGUAUGAUUAAUAAAAUAGCAGUACAACAGGCACCUUGAGUCUUUGUGAAUG